CUUUGGGGGGGUCCCGAUGUGGGGGGGUGGGUUUGGGGCACCCCUCCGGGGCGGCGGCGGCUGCCCGGGGGGCUGCGAGUGCGACCGGGAGAGCGCCCUGUGCCGGGGGGCGCCGGGGGGAUCCCCGGGGGCUCCCCCCCCGCCUGGCCACACUGUCACUGGUUCGGUGGCACAUCGAGGUCCUGGCCGAGGGCAGCUUCCGCCACACCCCGACCCGCAGCUGCUGUUGGUCACCGCCGGGAGCUUGGGGACCAUCGGGGACGGGGCCUUUCUGGACUGGUGUUACUGGAGUACCUGUUCAUCGAGGACAACGAGGUCGGGACCAUCGAACCCACCGCCCUGCGGGGCCUCCGGGGGCUCCUGUUCCUGGACCUGCGGGGGAACCCAUUCCGCUGUGAUUGUCGCCUGCGGUGGCUCCUGUCGUGGCUGGGGACAGUCCCCUCCUCCCCCGAGACUGCUGGGCGCUGCCGCAGCCCCUCCCCCCCAAGGGACCCCCCUUGCCCACCUGGACCCCCGGGACUUCCAGUGCCAGCAGACAGAGCUCCGGCCAUUCCAGUCCCUGCCCUUCUCAUCCCUGGGGGCCGAGUCUUUCACGCUAGGGGGCACCAGGGGGUGGCCCUGGCCCAGCCCUUUGCCGGUGCCUGCGCCCUCCUGGAGUGGGACCAACUGGCGGGAGGUUCCGGGCCCCCACCAUCAUCAACAGUCCUCUCCAGUGGCCUGCCACCACUGCCCUUGGUGGGUCCCUCUGGUGGUGGUGGCCCAGCUCGGGGUGCCUGGGUCUGGCGCCGCUCUGGUGGCCCUGGGGCCACCUUUGUUCGCCAGAGCCUCGGACGGGGCGGCUGCGUCGCCCCCACGCCGUGGCCACGCCCGUCUCGGGGGCCACCUGUACCUGGGCGUGGCCGACAGCUCCAAGGGUGGCACCAGCACCGUGUUCCGGUGGGGUGGCGGCUUCUACCCCCACCAGACCCUCCGGGCGUGGCACCGCGACACCCACCUGGAGUUCCUGGAGCUGGCGGGGCCCAGCACUCGUGGUGUGUUCAGGGGCCAGGAGACCCCUCGGUACCGGUGGAGUGGGGGGGUCUUCACCCCCCACACCGACAUCCCCCACGUGCCCGACGUGUAUGCGGCGAAGCACUUCCGGCUGAGGGGACACGUGUUCCUGUGCCUCACACGGUUCCUGGGGGACGCCAAGGUGAUGCGCUGGGAGGGCUCCAUGUUCCGGGAGAUCCAGCAGGUCCCGGCUCGGGGGUCGAUGAUCUUCCAGCCACUGACCUUGAGUGGCCACCGCUAUGUCCUGCUGGGCAACGACUUUGCGAGCCGCGUGUUCCGCCUGGGCCCCGAGGGGCACCUGGAGCCUACCCAGGAGCUGCUGGUGCCCACCCCCGCGCCUUUGUCCCUGUCACCGUUGGCCACUGGCACUUCCUUGUGGCCUCUAGCUUCAAAGGGCCACCCAUAUCUACCAGCACAUGACAUAGACCUCGAGGCAUGAGAGGACAUGGGGACAUCAACCAUCAUGUCACCAUGGACUGAUCACUUGAGGGAUGGAGGGACACCAUGUGACCAUGGACCUGGUCACUGAGGGACAUGGGGACAUCAUCCCCCUCACCAUCAUGGACCUGGUGCCACCAUCCCCCUGAUGACCCCAUUGGCCUCGUGUUCCCUCUGGUGUCAUCACUGCCCUGAUGUCCCAAGGCCACCACCUUACCUUGUCCCUCCUGGUGACACCACUGCCACAAUAUCCCCAAGCCACCAUUAGCCUGAUGUCAUCACUGAACUUGUGUCACUUCCUGGUGUCACCAUGGCCCUGAUGUCCCCUGUCCCCUCCUGGUGCCACCACCAACUCCAAAGCCACCUUCAGCCUGAUGUCACCAUUGGCCCAGUUUCAUCUUUUGGUGCCACCAAUGCCCUGAUGUUCCCAAGGCCACCAUCACCACAGUAUCACCACUGGCACAAUGUCCCCUCCUGGUGCCACCCCAACCCUAUGUCCCCAAGGCCACUGUCACUGCAAUGUCACCAUUGGCCUGUGUCCCCUCCAUGUGCCACCACCGUCUCCAAAGCCAUCAUCAAGCUGAUGUCCUCUCCUGGUACCACCAUCCCCCUGAUGUCCCUGAGGCCACUAUCUACCCAUGUCACCUGGUCCCCUCCACGUGCCACCCCCAGCACUGUCCCCUGUCCCCCCUGAUGUCCCCCAAGUGCCACCACCCCCCAAGAACCAAAUUACCUCUUUUUUUUUUAACCUUUUUAUUCAUUUUCCCCAUUUGUUGGGCUGUUUUGGGGGGUUCCACCCCAAAAUAAACCCGUCCC